CUGUCGUUGUCGGUAUCGCCGUCGCCUCGUGCGCCGCUGGCGCUCGCGCUGUCUUUCAGUGCGAGAUGAGAUCUCGUGGCUGAUGGACGUGCUCGAUUCCCACGUUUCCAGUGCAGCACCAGCGGCAGCGCCAGCGCCACAAAUUGAUACUGACACUUGUGGAACUUGCCUUAUCAUUUUGUGUUUGAUUGCCACGUAAAAUGUGGUUUAAAGUUUCAGUUUAAACAUCAAUUAAAUUCAAACAAAUGUGUGACUAAGAUUGUGCGCAACCAAGCCCCUAAAAGCGGAAACCAACGCCCACAACAACAUCAAAAAAUAUGUGAAAACUCGCAAGGGAAAAGGGUGAAUACUCCAACAACGCAAAACUUCACCCGCCAAAAGACCGGCCAGACCAACACAAGCACACCAGCAAUCAUCAUAGCAACAUCCACAAGUUUCCCCUGCAAUAGAACCAGAAACAGGACAGACAUAAGUACCUCCCAUCCGUCCCGAAGCUGAAGCGAGGCAAACAAAUCAGCAACAGCAGUCCCCAGGGGAGAAAGAGGAGAAGCCAAAAGCCGUACAUAAAAAUAGCUCAGCAACUAGCGGCUAGCGACGCAAUGCAAUCAUCGACUGAUGCGGGCAAUGGUGGACCAAGAAAACUCUCACAGAGCACAGCACAGAAGCAGCAGCAGCAGCAGCAACAGUCGGAGAUUAGCGCAGGAGCAGCGAGCGGCAGUGAGACCACCUCCUUCACCAUAAACGCCAACAAUCAUCCGCAACCUCAGCAACAGCAUCCUGGUGGGAGCAGCACACCCAGCAAGAAUCCCUUCAAGCAACAGUUGGACAGCAAUCAGCAGAAUGGCAAUAUGGACACGGAAUGCGGCAUUCUCGGCGUUGGCAGACAGCCCCCGGCCCCGCCACCGCCCACGUAUCAGUCGCAGACGCAUACGGGCCGCCAACCGCCGCCGGAUCAGUAUCGCCAGGAGAAUCCACGCGCUGCCGGGUCCUGGUCCGCCGCCAAGUCCUGGAUGGUCAGCUGGCGCGGCUCCAACCGUCUUGUACUUGUCAUCGUUGCCAUAGCCCUGCUCCUCGACAACAUGCUGCUGACCACAGUGGUGCCCAUCAUACCCGAGUUCCUGUACGACAUACGACAUCCGGAUGCCCCGCUCGACAGCUAUGCCCGCACCCCACUCACCUUUCACACCCCGGCACCGCCGCCGUGUCCGUGCAACAAGGAUGGCAGCGAGGCGGCUCCCCUUGAGAUCUCCACCAUGAGCCCGGAAGAGAACGAGACCUACUACCGUGAGCUAGAGGAGCGUCACAACGAACUGGUCGGAGAGACUGUCGAGGUUGGCCUGCUAUUCGCCUCGAAAGCCUUCGUCCAGCUGCUGGUUAAUCCGAUUGUGGGACCCCUUACGCACCGCAUUGGCUAUAGCAUACCGAUGUUCGCUGGCUUCGUAAUAAUGUUCCUCUCCACGAUAAUCUUCGCUUUUGGUCGCUCCUAUUUGGUGCUGUUUGUGGCCCGAGCUCUGCAGGGAAUCGGCUCGUCCUGUUCCUCGGUGUCGGGCAUGGGUAUGUUGGCAGAUCGCUUCACGGACGACAAGGAGCGCGGCAAUGCCAUGGGCAUUGCGUUGGGCGGUCUGGCUUUGGGCGUGCUCAUUGGCCCACCGUUUGGCGGCGUCAUGUACGAGUUUGUGGGCAAGUCAGCGCCAUUCCUGAUACUGGCUGCCUUGGCCCUGGGCGAUGGCCUGCUGCAGCUGUUCAUGCUGCAGCCAUCGGUGCAGAAAUGCGAGUCCGAGCCUCCAUCCCUGAAGUCGCUGGUGAGUGAUCCGUACAUUCUGAUUGCCGCCGGAGCGAUCACCUUUGCCAAUAUGGGUAUUGCCAUGCUGGAACCUUCGCUGCCGUUGUGGAUGGUCGACAACAUGGGAGCUACGCGCUGGGAGCAGGGCGUCGCCUUCCUGCCGGCCUCCAUUAGCUAUCUGAUUGGCACGAACCUCUUCGGACCACUGGGACACAAGAUUGGACGCUGGUUUGCCGCCUGCCUCGGCCUGGUGAUCAUUGGAGCUUGCCUGAUCUUUAUACCCAUGGCCACUUCUAUCACACAUCUGAUUAUUCCCAAUGCCGGUCUCGGCUUUGCCAUUGGCAUGGUCGACUCUUCGAUGAUGCCGGAGUUGGGCUAUCUGGUGGACAUCCGCCAUUCGGCCGUCUAUGGCAGCGUCUAUGCCUUGGGUGACGUGGCCUUCUGCGUGGGCUUUGCUGUGGGACCUGCCCUCUCCGGCUCCCUGGUGAAGAGCAUCGGCUUCGAGUGGAUGCUGUUCGGCAUUGCCAUGCUCUGCUUCAUGUACGCCCCGCUCCUGACUUUCCUCAAGAAUCCACCGACCAGCGAUGAGAAAAAGUCAUUGAUCUAUGGACGCGAUCGGGAACAGGUACGUUAUGUCACCUAUCAGAACUACGACGAAGACGAAUAAAUGACGAAUCGAAUCGAAUCCUACUCUGAUCACAAAUAAACUCCUACGCAAUGUCGCCAAAAGAGUGACCAAAAAUACAAAAAAAAAUAUGAAAGAAAAUGAAAAACUGGGUAAAAAAAAAACAAAGAAACAAAAAAAGGAAACACAACCAACAAUAUCACACAAAUCAUAUGCAACUUCAAUGGAAAUCGUUAUUAUUGUUCAAUGUUAUGGUGUUAAAUAACCAACUCUCCUCUACUAUCAUAUCGAAAAAGAAACCUAACCUAACCUCACCUCCUAUAGCAGAUCCGCAGCUACAAACCAAAAUAAGUCGCACACGUUAGAAACAAGCACAGCACAAAAAUUUAAAUACAGUAAUUAUAAUCAGAGCAAAAAUGUAUUAUAAAUAGAGAGAGAAAGCUCAAUAUGAGGGGCAAGAUGUUCGGUGAAGACGGGUAACUUUUAGUUUGGUACUACAUAGAAACGAAAGACGAUCAGAGGAUCUUCUCUAACAAUCUUAAGAGCCCUACUAUAUGCCGGAGGCAAUUUAGUGACCAAAGUUGUAAUUCAUAAUUGGAACUAAUGAAAAACGAAAUUAAAGUACAGUCACCGCAUCGAAAACCAACAGAUGCCACUGUAUGUAAAGUUUACUGAGCUUUUAGGAGUUGUAACCAAAACUCUACUCCCAGAAUAGAAGGUUUUAUUGCUGUGUCAGGUAGCAGGCGCCUGCAAUUGCAUUGAUUUAAUGGACGGGGGGGGGAAUACCUUUAAACUGGCAGCAUCUACUGUAGGAAAUAACAAACACACAAUCUCUGUAGCAACUUACACUUUUUUUAAUUAAUUUUAUAUGCAUUUUAUACCCAAUUUAAAACAAAAGUCCGAGAACUUGAAGUCAGCUUAACACGAGUGCCGCAUCUGGGAGAGACUAAUGGGUGGGUUCAACAUCAGACCAAUUCUGAAACACAUUCCCGUUACGAAUUCACCUGCCUGAGGGGCAGGGUUCCAGAAUUUUCCUGAUAUUGAGCCUACCUAGGUGUAAGCUCUACCUCUACAUACGCAUCCUACGCGAGGUGGUGUCCGCAUAGACGUUGAUAUUCACAUUCAAGGAGUGUACGGAGGAGCAGUCGUCUGUCGUCCCCUGUCGCAUCCGACUUGUGCUCAGCCUUGGAGCCACACCCGGCAUGGGUGAAUUAUUUCGUAGCCGCACUUGGUUCAUAGAGAACUCCAGGUCCCUGUCUCCGGGACGCGAUGUUGUUAUCCUAAUGGGUAUAUUAUUGAGCCUUGUGAGAAUGGGGGUAUUGGGGGCAUGGGUUCCGGCGCUGCCAUUCAGCUGCUUCUGCUCGCUCAGUACUGUGGCCGAUGGCCGACGCAGGCUGGAGCUGCUACCAUUUGUGCUCACCGUCACAUAGACGUUGCCAUUCGACGUGCCCGAACUGGUCCGCUCUAGACUCCUUGGAGGUCUGACAGUAGGAGGAGUUGUAGUGAACGUUGGGGCGAGAGGCGCGAGAGGAGGCGCAGUCUCCACAGGAGCUGUGGUCUUCUUUAGGCCCCUCAGCGAGGUUAGAUUCUUGGAGCAGCUCUGCAGGCGCUUGGCCCGCUUACUGGCCGCGGCAGGCGGGCGGUCACAGAAGUGUACCAUGCCGGGCAGUCGAUCGUUGGAGGUGCGCCUGUACAAGUGAGAGGUCAUCAUCACGGGGGAUAUGGGCAUGGCACGCAUCGGUACUUCCUGCCUCUUCUGCUGUUCCUGUUCCUGUUCCCAUCGCAGCUGUUCCUGGUAUUCUUGGUACACUUGGUACUCUUGGUACUCGUGGUACUCCUUCCGUCGCUGGGACUCUCUUUCCAGCUCUCUGAGGCGGUCUUUCUCCCUCUCCACCUCGAGUUCGAGGAGGCGCUCGUUAUCCCUUUGCCUCUCCUGCUGGCGCAGAUUUUCGCGCACCCUCUCCCGCUGCCUGGCGCGUUCUCGCUCCAUUUUCAGCUCCAGCUCCCUCUCCCGUUGCUGGGCAUCCUGCUCCGAGCUUCUCCGGGCCUUGUUGUCUGCCACACAGAACUUGGACAAACGCUUGUCUAUGCCGAAGGUCUGCGUGGAUCGGCUGGCACUGCUUGAUCGCUGGUGUCUCUCCGUCUGCUUCGCCCUGUCCGUGUUGUUCAGCAGACAGGUGUCCGUCUCAAUCUUGAUUCUCAAAUUGUUGUCCGCCUCCGAUUCCGAGUCUAGGGAACCGAUGUUGAUGUUGAUUUCGCAGCCACUGCAGGCGCUUCGCUUGGGCAGCAGCUGGAUGUUGGAACUGGUUCUGUUGACAACCGAUUGUUUCCACUCCCUUUCCCUCUUGUCAAAUGUAGCCAUGGAGGCGCUCCUAGGUGCGUCAGGCCUCAGCACAUUAGUGCUGCAGUUCCGCAACAGGGACGUGGCGCUCUGUCCCCGAACUAUCGUCUGAUAGUCGUCACGAUUGCAGCACGUCUGCAGCAGUGGGGAGUUCGUCACUUCUAUGGGGCGUCGUGGCUGGGGGACCAUUGAGACACUACGCUGGUGCUGCACGCCCUCCGGCUGGCCUGCACCAGAGAAGGUUCGUCGACUCGGUGCGGUGAGAACGGACUGGAAGUCGCGCAAGAACUUGCGACGCCUGUUCUCCACGAAGGGCGUGGUGUUCUGCGGGGUCCAACUGGCGCUCGGCGUCGCUGGAGCGUGCUCGGGAUCGCUGGAAAACUUGGGAUUGCGGUAGAAUGUCUCGAACUGUUGCGGUCGGCUGGGCAGCGGCUGUGGCUCGGGCCGCUGAUAGUGCUGUACUGGGUAGACAGGUCGAUCGGCAUAGCGAAAUUUGUACGAUUGAAUUUUGAAUGGAUCGCCGCGAAAGAUGUCGUUUGUAGGGCGAUGCAGAUGCGGUCCCUCUGUGGUGAAAGAUCUUGGUAGAUUAUUAUGGACUGUUACGGCUUAGACGUGGAGGAGGCCUUACGCAUUCCAUGACUCAUUUCGUGCUUGUAAUUUUGUGCUUUCCGAGGACGUUCUGCCAAAUGGAUUGGGAAUAUUGCAUUCCAAUCAUGAAAAUUAAUUUUUGUUUAUGUUAAAACAACUCUACAAUAAAGAAAAAAUAUUUCAUAGAUGUUAAACCAAAAAACCAGGGCAACCUUGUUCUCUCGGAUCACAGUGGAAGGUAGAAUGUUGUCCGUUCCGAGGCUCCCCAGUCCCAUUAAAACUUUCAGGCAAUACGGCGUGGCUCUUGACAGGCUUUAUCGGGACACUCGAUAACGAACUCGAUAUCGAACUCAAACCCGACCUUCUUUAACUAAAUCAAUUUAAAAUUUAAAGUUGUUAAAGUUAGUUAUCGGAAUCUAGUUGAAUAUAUAUCCCAGUAACCACCCAUAAAUAAACUUUGAUACAUUAUACUUUAUGUGGUAUAUUCGCAAUACACUCACUCUUGUAAAAUUGGUGCCCACAUAGCACACACACACACAAAAGUUAUCUGACACAUUAAGGGAAUUACUAAUAGGCUUGUGGUAGAAACCGUACUUGGAAUCCGUUUCCAUAGCAUACCAUAAAUAGGCUUAGCUCGAAUAUAGUGAAAUGCGUGCACAAUAUGUGACAAUUUUUCUUUGCAUUUUAUGUUUUUAACUCCAUUUAACGGUGGGGGAAUGAAAUCGCUAAAGUGAGUUCCUCAAGAACCUUCAUUCAAACUAUAGCUCUAUCGUAUGUAUUCCCACCCAAAAUUUCAAUGUUUCCCUCAUGCGUAUUACCGAUUUCGUUCCCCGACUUGCUCGGAUCAGCUUUGAUCAAUCGGAUACUGCCGCAAGACACUUGAAUGGCUGCAAGUGUCUUUAAGUGUUUUGAUCACGUUAGAGGAUCAUGUAAAAUCCAUAAAAUUAUAAUGCAACACAGCGCGCCACCAUUUAUGGGCCACCUUAGAAUACAAUUUUUUGCACGCAUUGACCAGGAUUCAAUAAAAUAAAGGAAAAUAGCUCUGUAAUAGUAGUAGGCCAGACUGGCAAAACGACAAAAGUUGAAUAGCAAACAAAAUGUAGUAAAUCGCAGGUAUACAAUGAGGUUAUAUUGAAAAAAUUGUACAUACGCAUAGCUGAAGUACUUGCUGAUUAUCAUCGUUGUUCCAUUGUUGUGAAACUUAAACUAUAGACAUACAGAUCUAAUAUCUAAUAUCUACUAAUAUUUAUCCACAUAGACUUUGACUUUGUGUUCGUUGUAACUUUUCACGCUUUGAAGAAUUGCCGAAUUCAAUCAUGCAAACACAAACACAAACACACACAUUUUACUAUAUAGUAAAUUAACUAAUUCAAAGAUUUGAUACUAUUAAAAAAAACCCGUUAAAGCAGGCAUGCAUACAUAUUUAUGAACAGGGCAUGCAACCUGUAUUCAAUAUAUACAUCAUGUAUUUAAAUGUAUCUAUACUGAUCUGAUAUUUAGCAAGAGGUUUUGUUCGGUUUUCAUAAGGUUAUACUGCUAUAACCUUGUGCUUUGGCUCCCCGUUCGAAUAGAAUAGUGGAUGGCGGGGGGCUCAGCAUUCAAUAUAGACGUGUGAAUUAGACAAUAUAGCUUAUAAAUGAACAACAACAACAACAACAAUAUACAUACAUACAAAUUAUACAUACUCUUAGAAUUACUCAUAUUCAAAUCGUUAUUGUUAUUUAACUUAAUGUUUAAAUGUUCAACCAAAAAAAAAAGUGUGUUAUCGAUUGCAAAAUACGAUUCUAAAAACACACACAAAAAGCUGGUAUGGGGUCAAACAAAGCUAUUAUGCUACAACAAUUAACCAAAGCGUUUUGUGCACAGUAUUAAAUAUAAACUAAAUGCUAUGCUACAAUAUACACACUACACUACUAUAUUUAGCGACAUACUGUAUGUAUUUGCUAUAUACAUAUACAUAUAUACUUAAAUAUAUGAAAUAAUCGCACACACACACAUACUCUCUCUCAAGUUCACAUGCGAAUGACCGCAGGGAAACCAAAUAUUAUAUAUUCGUUUCUAUAGUUUAGCGCGAGCAUAUUAGUCAAAAUACAACACAAUAUAACACAACACAAUAUGAUAUAGCAAGACAAAUAUUUAUAAAAACUAAACAUGCAUUAUAGUCCUUAGAUAAUUAUCACACUUACACCUUACACACUAAAAAACGAUGUGACGAUGUGUACUCAUGCCAUGCCAUGUUUAGGGUGAGAGCCGGGAGAAACCUAACCAGAAAACUUACAUUUACUAUAUAAAGCCAAAUGGUGACCGAGUAGAAUAUACAUAUGUACUACAAACAAUCCGCUUAUUAAUUGAUAUGAAUACAAUAUUAUAGCUAUUAUAUAUAAACAUAUAAUCUAUGCACUAGUCGUUGGACAAUUGUUUAUUUCAUAGAGAUACUACUUAUAACGAUAUCGGGAUAAAUAAACUAAAUUGCGUUGAGUUUACAAUGCUCGCACUCGCCCUUAUCUUAUACAUUGGAAACAAUUCUAUUGUAAUUGAAAUGCAAAUGCAAACUACAAAUAUGUAACUGAAGUUGUUGGUGAAUAAACAAGCUACACUCGAG